CGCACAGCAAACAUGGCAGAGGAAGCACCAGCACCCGCAGGACCAUCCAAAACGCAGACUAAACCUGUAAAGAAGAAGGCGACGACGGCGGCGUCUAAAGCGCGGCGCGAUGGCCUCAGUCUCCCCAAGCUGAUCACCCAGGUGGUGACUGAGUCCAAAGAGCGCAAAGGGACAUCAGUGGCUGCGAUUAAGAAGGCUCUGGCAAAUAAAAACGUCGAUGUGGUUAAAUCCAACAAGCGCAUUAACACCGCACUGGUCAGCCUGGUGACGAGCGGAGGCCUGGUUCAAACCAAGGGAGUCGGUGCUUCUGGCUCUUUUAAACUGGCCAAGCCGGAGUCUGGAACUAAAACAAAGGCAGCGAAGAAGCCUGCAGCGAAGAAGGCACCAGCCAAGAAAACUGUCGCUAAGAAGACACCAGCCACCAAGAAACCUGCCGGUAAGAGUAAAAAAGUUACCACCCCCAAGAAGGCUAGGUCUCCAGCUAAGAAGACAAAGACCGCUGCCGCUAAGAGCCCGAAGAAGUCUAAGCCGGUCAAAAAGUCCAAGCCUGCCGCCAAGAAGUCGCCCGCUAAAAAGGCUCCGGCUAAGAAAGCUCCCGCCAAGAAGCCAGCUUCCAAGAAAGCUGCACCCAAGAAGUCUAAGAAGUGAAUGUACUGACAUUCAUUGUCAUCUUGCUUCAACCAAAGGCUCUUUUAAGAGCCACCACAACAUCCACUCGAGAGCAUUUCCUUCUUAUCUCGCAUAAGCAAACUUUUGAAUGCGACAACUUACACAUGCGUACACCUAAGACAAGUGAAGUGUCCUUUUACGUUUGCCCUCAUAGAAUGGUGUAAAAAAGGAUGAAAAGCAUGAGUCGCCCGGCUGCCAUUGGCGAAAAUAGUGUGGCAAGCAAAUAUCUUUCCGACAGUAAUCAUUGUGUUAUAGCUCGAAUCAUGGCCAAAUGCAUAUUUCAGCUGUUAAGGAGUGCGUUUUUCCAUAGUUAUGUAUUUUAUUACCAGUUAAGCGUGUCCCUCGCCUACCACCCAGAGUUUGGAAUAGGCUCCAGCAUACACCCGCGACCCUAAUGAGGAUUACGCGGCAUAUAAAAUUGAUGAAUAUACUGUAUGUAUAUAUAUAUGCAUUGUGUAUGUAUA